CCCGCGCCGGGCCAGCUCAGUCCACACCCAGCCUUACUCGCGGUUAGAGCGCCGAGCCACGCCACGCCUUGGCAGCCACUGUCGCUCUGCUGCCGUCGUCGCCGGGCGUUCGACGCGAUCCUCGACACUUCAGCCUGUGCCGCGCAUGAGCGGCAAGAGGGCGCAGGGCACCUCGGCGUCGCUCCAGACCUCCCAGACACUCCGCAUGAGCGCGGCGAGGAGGUGACGAGGAGCACGCUACAGGACAGCGCGAGGGACAGCGUCAGCCGCAGGAUGGUGCGCGUGGGCGCGGCGCUGCCGCUCUACGUGAUGCUGGGGCUCACCGCGGCCCUCUUCGGCGUGCAGCUCGCCCUCAGCCACGUGACGCACGCGCUCACGCUGCUCGUCGACUCGUACCACAUGCUGUGCAACCUCAUCGCGCUCACGGGCUGCAUCAUCACCAUCAAGAAAGGAAUGGGCGGCGGGUCCCCGCCUAUCCGGAGCAGCCGAGGGCAGCAGGCCUCUAACGCCGAGGACAACUCCAACGAGCACUCCACCCUGCGCGAGGGCGCCACAACCGGCGCCUCGGCCGCGGACCGGCGCCUGCGCAACACUUUCGGCUGGGCGCGCAUCGACGUGCUCGUCUCGCUCAUCGACACCGUCUUCCUGGCCUCGCUGUGCUUCUCGCUGCUCGUGGAGGCGGUGCAGACCCUGCUGCACAUCGACCACCACGACGAGAUGCACGAGCCGCUGUACGUGGCGGGCGCCGGCGUCGCCUCCCUCGCCAUCAACGCGCUCUGCUACGUCAUGCUGGGCGGCUACACUUUCCACCAGGGCAGCUUCUUCCACGUCACGGAGAACGGCGACGUGAUGCUGGACCCCGCCGUGACGCAGGACUCGGUGAAGAUGGGCGACCGGCGGCUCUCUUCGCAGCGGAAGCUGCCGGCGGCCGGGUACCAGGGCCACCCCGCGCGCCAGCGGCAGGGCUUCCGGGAGAUGAUGCGGGACACCGUGGGGUGCGUGUUCGUGAUCGUGGCCUCCCUGACGGUCUUCUUCACGGACCAGAGCGUUGGGAAGUACGCAGACCCCCUCCUGUCCAUCGUGUCCGCCGUGCUGCUGCUGAUCCUCAGCUACCCGUACAUGAAAGAGGCGGGGCUGAUCCUCCUCCAGACCAUCCCGGAGCACAUCAACAUCGAGGAGCUCCGCUGUGACCUCCGCAACGCGUUCCCGUCGAUCGUGGACAUCCACGACCUGCACAUGUGGCGCCUGAACCAGAGCAAGGUGUUCUGCACGGCGCACAUAUGCUUCCAGGACGCGCGCGACUACCUGCGCGUCAACCACGACGUGACCCAGUUCUUCCUCACGCGUGGCGUGACUCAGGUGACGGUGCAGCCCGAGUUCAGCAGCGGUGACAAGGUGCAGGGCUGUCAGAUGAGUUGCCCCGGGGAGUCGUGCCUGCGCGCCCACUGCUGCGCGCCCACCGUGGUCUCGCCAGCCGCCGGCCGCGCGGCCGCGCGCCCCGAGCCCCAGCACUACCUCCGCAUCGGCUCCGACCUGUCCCUUCCCGCGAUGCCCGCCGCGGUCCCCGCCGAGGCCGCCGACGAGCCCGCCAUCGGCCCCCCUCAGGUUCAAGUCGUCGUGGAGAUGAACUGCGCAGACUCUGCUGCAGAUCAGCCCGCACCUGUCACGACGGAGACGUGCCUGGCGGAGAAGCCGGACGAGGCCCUGCCCGCAGAGCAGCAGGCAGCCGAGCCCGCCGAGGCCGAAGAGGCCACCAGCAAGUCGGAGGAAGUGUCGGCUAUUCUGUCGAACCAGGAGAACGCACCCAGGUUGAGGGCCACAUCCAACGGCCAGCCAAAGUGAGGUGGCCUAGACUGCGCGUAGAAGAAUAGGUGUGCGUGUGUGUGUGUUUGUGUGAUUGCGUGUGUGUUUAUUUAUAAUGUAAGAUAAAAAAAUCAACUGUGCCAGAUUGAGCGUUACUUUAUUAUAGUUGACUGGUCAAAGACCAUUAAGGUAACUUUUUGUUAUGGAUAACGGAUCCGUUUUUUGUUUUAAUUGUAUAGAAACAUGUUUCAAUUUUGAGACGAAACUUUGACCAUUUUAUCAUAAUAUUUUUCCGAAAAAAUAUAUUGUUUAUUCAUUUUUAGAACAAAAAAUACUGCAUUGUACUAGAAAUGGACCAACUGACUAGACAGGGUGUACUUUGACAUAUAUUAAUUUAAUGUAUUUUGUAUUAAUAUAAGACUGAUAGUGAGA